GUCCUCUUCGUGGCACAACUCGGGGCCUGCGGUGUUUUCGUGUUUUUCAAGUUCCUUUCACGAAAUUUGUGUUGAUGUGUCCCCCUUAUCUGUAGAAUUUUCAUUAGCGUAUUCGGUUGUGUUAAGUGAACAUCGAUCUGUUGUACUAUAAAUAUUUAAAAGAAAACAAUGGUGAAGCCACCGAGAAAAACUACCAACAAAAAUCCACCCAUCUUAAGUCACGAAUUUGUUCUUCAGAAUCAUGCAGAUAUCGUUUCUUGUGUGGCUAUGGCCUUCGUCAUAGGCCUUAUGACACAGCCUACAUUGCCGAUAGCAUCAAUUUUCAUUACCCUACAUCAUAAUGUUACCGGAGAGCAACCUGGUGAAUUACCAACAUACCUGCCAGGAUUUAAAGAUGGAGCCGUUGUAUUUUUCUACAGCUUGAUUUGCAUUAUUGUACAUGCAAUCAUUCAAGAAUACAUUUUGGAUAAAGUUUCAAAGAGGCUGCAUCUUUCAAAAUCAAAAUUAGCUGUGUUUUCAACUAGUGGUCAAUUAUUUGCAUUCUACACUGUAUCAACUAUUUGGGGUUUAGAUAUUGUUCUUAAAGAACACCUGGUACCAGAUAUAGCAAGAAUAUGGUCAGAAUAUCCAGCUCCAAUGUACUUUAUGUUCAAAAUGUACCUGCUUGUUCAGUUGGCAUACAGUUUGCACGAACUGCCAGAGUUGUAUUUCCAAAGGGUGAAAAGGGAAGAAUGGUUUAACAAAGCUCUUUAUAGUAUGGCUAGUUUGGUCCUGGUGGCAAUUCCUUACAUCUUAAAUCUGAACAGAUUGUUGGUCCUUCUUUUGAUUCUCCACCACAGUGCUGAAUGGAUGUACCAUCUAGCUCAGCUGUUACAAACUGUUGAUAAGGAAGAAAAGUUCUCCAAAGUGACUAGACUUUCCUCUACAGCCCUUCAAAUUAUCGCACGUUUAGGUAGUAUCAUAUUAGCAGUACUCACUCUGUGGUACGGUCUGGCCCUUCAAGAAAAUCAGGGUCUUGACAUUAAGUCUGGCAAUUUUAACACACCCACCAUCAGAUUUGCGGUAUUGUCCGGAAUUAUCCUGCUGCAGAUGUACUUGAUCUUUAGGGUCAUUAGCCUGGAAAUUAGCAGGAGUAAGGAGAACGCCGCAGUUGUGCAACCGAUAACUAAAGUCAAGGCGCCAAAGAAGGACAAACCAAAGAAGAGUAAGUAGUAAGAAAAAUGAAGAAUCCGACUUGCCAGAAGUCGACCAAAACACCAACAAAACUCUUAGGAAACAGAAAGUUAAAUAGGUUUUUCUGAUAUGUUUACUUUGAAUAACAUCAACCUUGCAAUAAGAAUCGAUGAAGAUUUUUGUUCAAAAAAUUUAGUAAUGUAUACACUGCUGAUAAGUUUAUUUAGGACAUCAAAUGUUCAUUUUUUUAUUACUCCGAAAGACUGCAUAUAUUUUUCUUGUAGAAAACGACAGUUUUUAGAAAAUAAUUCUUUUCUGUCCGUUAUAAUAUUUAAAUAGUUUCUUUUUUAUAUUUGAUUAGCGUCUGUUAUAGUUCUUCUUUAAUGUAGUUUAUUCUCUCUAUUCAUUAAAAUAAUUUAUUUUUAUGAUUAUUUUUGAUUACAACAUGCUUUACGUACGCCUGUGUACUAAAUAAGUUUAGACUGUAUUAUAAAUUGUUGCACUGUAAUUGUAAAAUUUAUUUUAUGUUGUAAUUUAUUUUUGCGCGCUACACAAUUUUUAAUAUACAGUCGGUUCGCAUCUAUUCCAUCCAAUUUUUUAAAAAUAUAUUGUUUAAAAUUUU